CUACGCAAAUAUGACCAGCUGUCUAUAGCUGGAAUUACAAAUGCUUGUUUUGAGCCUGCCAACCAGAUGGUGAGGUGUGACCCAGCAGAUGGAAAGUACAUGGCCGGAUGCAUGCUAUACAGAGGGGACGUUGUGCACACUACCAAAGCGACCAUCAUGAAUGAGCGCUUGAUCCAAUUCACGGACGGGUGUCCACCUGACUUCAUUGUUGGCAUCAACUCCAAGCCACCAACUGUGGUAUCAGGAGGUGACCUGGCAGAGGCAGCGCUUGCACUCUGCAUGUUGUCCAACAUGACUGCCAUUUCGAAGGUCUUUAAUCAGAUUAGGAGCUCUGUCAGGCACAAUUACAGUAAAAGUAAUGUUGAUGAUUUCUUGUGUGGGAGUAUGGAUGAACUCGAGUCGUUUGAAGCUCGCAACGAGCUUAGAAAGCUGGUGAGAGAUUACGAGAAGGCAGGCAGGCAUUCAGUUGUAAGGAGAAUGAGAGGGGGCAGAGGAAUAUUGAAUGUCUGCUCCAGUUUCAAUUUUGGUUGUCAGUAUUGUAAGAAUUUUGUGUUUGUCAAAUAAUGUUUCAACCUGUCCAUCAGUGCUUGCCAAUGUAAUAAAGUGAGUUCAUUUUGAAAG